UAGAUUACAUGAUGACGAACGUGGAACUCUACGACUCCUCGAAUUCCCAGCUGAGCAGCGAUGAAUAUAGCAACAAUGAAGAAGACGACGGACUAAUGGACAUGGCCGUGAGCAAAUCAACAAAGUCACCCAAAAGGCAUACACUCACCUCAAGCACUGAUACAACGCCAGAGAAGUCCAGCAGUGCCAGCACCACUCCCAGAAAGCUAUCCAAUGAGAUGGAGACGAGUGGCUGCGACGACGGCAAUGGCGACGGCAAACCAAAGCCCCCAACCAGUCUGCCGCAUACACGGCGUCAAAUAAAACAGAUGCAACGUGACAAUCGAGCUAAUAUUUAUUAUAAAAAGCGCAGCAUUAAAUGGCUGAUUCAAAAUUCCAUCAACAAAAAGGAUUAUUUAAACGAACUGAAAAAUUCGCUGCCCAAACAUCGUGAGCACGCCAGACGUAUGGAUGAAUAUCGUGAAGCCAAGCGCGCCAUAGAGCUAGAAGCACAGGCGCGUCAGCAGCUACACAGACAACAACAACUGCACCACCAAAUGCAGCAGCGACGUGAGCGCACACCGCCACGCCGUCCUACUCGCAGCGACAGUAAUUCACCCGAGCUCAUCUGCCUGGACGAUACAGAGAACGAAGAGUCGCCGGACAAGCCCUCAGAGUCAAGCCCUCCGGUACCAAGCAGCAGCGUGCUCGUAGCGCCCAAGACCCCGCCAGCCUUUACGCUAGAGAUACCCACAUCGCCGCCACCUGCGGAGAAUGGUUGCGUACUGGAUGAGUUUUUAACUAUGAAGCCGCUGCCGGCUGUGGAGCAGCCCAUAUCCAAUAACUUGCCAGUAAGAUCGCUGGAAAUGGAUCUUAGUACAAUACUUUCAGACCUAAAGGAGGUGCCUGUGGUGGAGCAAAGCAACAAGCGUCGACGCUCAGUAACGCCACCAAACGUCCAUGCUGUUCCAGCCGCUACUGAACAGCGCCACAAGACCAUAGCUGUGGCUGAAAAAACUCCAGAAGUUGAUUUAAUAACAGAGUUGUAUGCAACUCCAGCUGCAGUAGCAGCGCCACCGAAAGCAGCACCAAUAAAUGCAGCUAUAGUUAAGGCAGCGCCAGAAAUGGCCAUUGACAACCCACCGAUGUUUAAGCUGGGUGGACCAUUUACGCUGUCGGAAUUCUAUGCGCCGCCCAAAACGCCAGCAACGCCCAUAAUUAGCUUGGAGACGCCCACACCAACUACUGAGCCUAUGGAGCUGUGCUAUGAGCGGGCAAAACCAGCGGCAUUGACUAUCGAGCAGGCAGACCAAACUAUAGAGCAAGCGCCGACUUUGGAAACGCCCACGCAUACGUUUGCUAUGCCACAAUUUAUAACGCCGCAAGCGCCAGCACAAUCAUCAUCACACGCAGAGCUCUUCCCAGCCAAGCCAAGCUCUGAGUCUAGCUCCAAGCAAACACAAACCUCCGCAACAACAACACGCAGUAAAAGCAACAUAGAUUUAAAUAAUAGCAACAGCGAUGCGGUGUUCCAUCAGCGCGUCAAGGACCUCUACUCAGAGCUGGAUGAGAUUAUGACUGACAAAGUGCGCGCUGUCAAGCCGGAGCUCAAGUCUUAUAGCGAGGAGAAGCAGCGCAUUGAAUUGGAUCUUAAAGCGCUCGAUAAGUUAGUUUUCCAAAAGGAGGAGGAAUAUAAUCGACUGCUGCACUUGCGUUGCGUUAAGGAAGAGCUGCUGGCGCGCCUGGAACGCAAGGAGCGCAUUUUAAUCAUGAAGGAAAUUCUGCCCUCCAUACUCAAUAAGAACUGCAGCACCUCAGAGCUCUACGAGAUGCACUCGCUGCUGUUAAACGAACAUAAUGCGCCCAUGCCUGCGCUAAGUGGUCCAAGUGCUAUAGAGCAGAUGAUCAAUCGAAAGGAAAGCGACUUGAAUGAUAUCAAAAUGUGGCGCAGUGCUAUGGGCAUGCAGGCGCCUGCAAACUUUUUGGAGCCCGCGCCAGUUAAUCGACGCAACUCGCUGCCAGCGAUGCGACCAUCAAAGCCACCACCGCCACCGCCGCGGUCCUCAGCGGUAAGCGAUAAUGCUUCAGCUAGCUAUGGUCGACAGGGUCAGGUGCGUGAUGUGCGCAGCCUCAUAGAAGACUAUAGACGUGAGCAUCCCGAGGAGGUGCCGCUGGUGGGCAAGCGCAAUAAGACACCGCAGCAGUAUCGCUACCAGCAGCUGAUCAACGAGUCCAAGCGGCUUACCAACUCUACGCCUGAUCUCAGCGCCGGUACUAGCUAUAGACAAGCACAGCAAUUGGAGCCGCAUAGCAGUCACAGCUCAGUGGAUAAUCAUUUUGAGCAAGGCAAGCCUCUGUUCAACAGCAGUCCAUUAAACGCUAGCCACACUAGACAGCAAACUCGAGUACAUUUCGCUGAGCCACAUUCCAUGUAUCGUGAAGAGUUAAGCGGCCGAGCCGCCUCACACUUUAAUAGUAAUCAGCCUAAGCACAGAGAGUUUGAUCGUACCGCCAAUGGCGAGGAGAAUUUUGAGCAUCGUUGUCAGCAUUGCCAUCGCUAUAAGGCAACCUAUAUGUGCGCUGGUUGUCAGAAUCAAUGGUACUGCAGUCGAGAUUGCCAGGUACGCGCCUGGGAUACACACUGGGAGUCCUGCCCUAAUUAGAUGUAAGGCGCUGUAUCAGCAUUACUACUACGUAUAAAUUUACUACUAUUUAAAAUUUUAUACAUAUUAUAGCCCUACCUAUCUUUAUCAAUUUUCAUACGUUAGUCAGCAUUAGGUUCCGCUUAUGGAAUUUUCGUCAAUGUAAUUACUUAUCUCACAAUCGAAGCAACAACAAUUACAUGCUAGCACUCAUCUUUUCAAAAAGCAAUAGCUUGCGAAAACCAUAAGUAUCAUAAAUAUA